GCGGCGCCAGCACACUUUGAGGUCGCGUCGAUGUAUGAAUCCGCCAUAGUGUCUCUGCAAGUGACGUUCUGUUAAUUUUAUAUGCCUGUCGCAGUAGCAAACAUCAUCUUUGGAGAACGCAUGCUGUUUAAAAAGUGGCAAGGAAAAGCCGUGUUACUAAUGGGCCGUGUUACGAUAGCUUCCGGGCAGACCUAUGGCAUACGUCCAACCGCCCCCAGGCUGCAGGGCGCAGCAAAUCACGGAUUUCAAAUUUGGUCCACAAUCAGUGACAAUCCGCAUCACACUGUGGGACGUCAGUUUGGUGCAGUAAAGAUCUUCGCAGCCCACAAGAAUAUCUUGAGCCUAUCUAGCUCCGUGUUUGCCACCAUGUUUUAUGGGAGUAUGCCUCAGAAUUGUCAGGUUCCUAUCGACAUCCCGGAUUUCAUUCCCGACGCAUUCGCCAACUUGCUCAGCUACUUGUACACGGACAAGGUGGAUAAUCUCAAUGCGGACAACGUAUUCCACACGAUGAACUGCGCGGACAAGUACGAUGUGCCAUCCCUGGUAAAAAUCUGCUCGGAUUUUGUGACGCAUCGACUUGAUGCUGAUAAUUGCCUGCGAACUCUGGAAGAGGCUCUUCACUGGCAUGCUGAUAAAAUUGUGGAGAAGUGCUGGGCGUUGGUGGAUUCGAAGGCUGAAGAGAUCAUGCAGUCAGCGCAGUUUACCGCAAUCUCACUGGACACCCUGCAGAAGAUCCUGCAGCGCAAUACGCUGUUGAUUGGGGAGUUUGAAAUCUACACGGCUGUUGAGAAAUGGGCAACGGAGGAAUGUGCGCGUCGAGGUGUUAGUUCUUCUCCGGCUGUUCGACGUGUGGUGUUGGAUGCUGCUCUGUUCCUCGUCCGGUUUCCGCUGCUGACGCACGCACAAUUAGCCGACGGCCCGGGCCAGAGCGGUCUGCUGAGUGAAUCGCAGCUGUUGAGCUUGUUCUUGUACAAGGAUGCCGCAGUGAAGCCCGAGCUGCCGUUUUCCACGGAACGCCGGACAGAAUUCAAGACUGGUGAAGAAGUGUUUGUUCACAUGCCGCCUACCCAUUGGUGGCUGCCAGCCAGGGUUACCGCCUCUGAUACUGAGCAGGUGAUGUUCACGUGGACGAAGGAUGGCACUGCCGGCACGACGACAGCCGACCACGUAGUGCGUGCUAGGGACAUCCUCAAACGUGGACAAGUACUGAACAUGGGUGCGCAGGGAUGGGUGGUGUAUGAGGCGGCAGAUAGAUAUUACCAUUUGGCCGAGGGCAAAGGUGGACGGCAGCAUGUGUAUUUUCCCGACAUGCGCCUUCGUGAAGAUCACGUUGUGGCGUGGAAGAAGAGCAGAGGGACGUGACUUUGAUGCACCAGUCAGGCGAACGGUCGGAGGCGUACAGAAUACCCGUUUAUUUUCGAUUAAGCGUAACGCAGAAGCUAUGCGAAUAUUAUGUCUUCCUCGUAUUAAAAAUUUGAAUGGCUCUGUAUUUCUUGGCUCUUCGCGUUUUUCACUUUACUUUAAUUUCAGUACUUGUCAAUUAAUACGGCACAGCACUUGUUACUUUCUGACAUCCGCUGGAAUCGUGCACAGGUUUGUCAUCGAAAUAAAAAUUUUCUAUAGACGAGCAUCGAAGAUACGACGACGGUAGUAAUAGUAUUACUUUUCUGAAGGCCAAAUUUAAUAUGGACCGCAAAUUAAUUUCCCGACAAAACAUCGAAAUCACGUGAACUUGUGCCGAACAACGGAGGGACCGCCCUCUUCGUAUUCGGCCUUGGUCAACCACAUGGCCUCAUCCCCUGAAACACUACACAGCAGUGCACCACCCAACCAGGCGGAAUCCUUUGCCUCCGGAGGCGAAAUGACGCGGACCGUCUUCGGGUUGGUUCCUGCCUUCGCUUCCGCCUUCUGCACCCACGCAUACUCUUUGACAUCCGCCGACGACACAACCGUUGAUGUUUCGUUGCGCAGUGCGGUUAGCUCACGCUGCAGACGAUUGGUGAAACCCGGUAACGUAGUGUUGCCACCCGCCAACACGAUAUUACCGAAA